UUAUUUUUCAGUUAUACAAUUAUUUAUAAAUGUAAUAUCAACUAUUCAAAUAUAUCUAAACAACUAUAGACUUUCGAAAAAAUAUGAUGAUUUAAGAAAAUUAUUGGAUGCCACAAGUAGCGAUUUUUUAUCUUCUAGUUAUAAAGGAAAAUAUAUAUUUGAACAGAACGAAUCUAUAUGUAUGAAAAUAAUAAACUUGUACAGUUUUAUAUGUUAUUCGGCGGUGUUACUUUGGAUUUUUAAUCCGUUAUUUAUAAGAGGAUAUCCUUUAAAAAAAAGAGACGGCAGUCUGGUAAUUUAUCGAAAUAGCGUCCUAAAUACAUUACUCAGUUUCAUACCAAUUUCGAUUUAUGAGCGAAUUUACCCAAUUGUAUAUCUAAUAGAAGCUAUUGAAAUAUCACAUAUUACUUAUGAUAUAGUUUUCUACUAUACAAUAGUUAUACAAUUUUGUUGGAUGUUAACAGCUCAAUUGAAAAUAAUUGCAUUUAAAUGUGAAUCAUGUGGAUACGAAAAUGAAGAAAUAGGGAAUAGAAACGAUCGAAAUUACGUGAUAUAUUUGAAACAAUUACUUUCGGAUUAUACAAAAUUACACGUUUCAAUUAGAAAAUUUUAUGAAAUUAUGAAAUCAAUGACGUUGUUUACGUAUGGAUACUAUUUCAAUCUUUAUAUUACUUUCACAUAUAUGUGUAUUUUGAAUUACUUUAAAAAUGACUAUGUAUUGUCAGUUACUUUUGCGAAAUUAUUAUUAACAGCAUCAGUGGUGUGUAUCGAUUUAUUGAUCAUGUGCUAUUUUUAUGGUUAUCUUGAAAAUCAAAUAAAUGAUGUACAGUUUGCUAUGUAUAGUAUUGACUGGACCGAGAAAAGUAUAGAAUUUAAAAAAAAUCUCUUGUUGGCUAUGAGUUUAAAUAACGCGAACAGAUUAAAAAUGAAUAUUACUCCACAAAAAUCAUUGAAUCUAGAAGUAUUUGCCUCGGCGGUGCGUGUGUCAUAUUCAAUAAUUUCACUCUUGGUAAAAAAAACAAUUUCAAAAUAAGUUAUUUGGAGAAAAUAAAAAUUUAUUUGAACUUUUAUUAUAUAUUAAAUUUACUUUGUGUUAAAUUUUACUAUUAAUACAUAAAGAACUUGAUUAUCAAGAGAGCUUUAUUUUAAUUUUAAUGUUUCACAGUAUUAUUAAAAAAUACAUAAAUAUGAGUAUUUUAUGGAAGAAUGCAUAAAGUAUUUUUAUGUAAUGAUGGGUCGGUGCAUCAACCAGUAAAGAUCUUUAAUAUUUGCAUAAAGACUCAGUGAAGCACAACUUAAAUUUAGAAAUCACCAAGUUUUAGCAUUAUAUUAUAUUGUUUUGUAUUGUGAACGUUUCUUGUACUUAAAUAGUUAUUUAUUGUU